AUGACGCAGAAGCUAAUUCUACACUAUAUGACGCAAGCAGAAACAACGAACAAGACUAAACCAACGUUUAAUCAAGGAAAGUACCAACAAUUUUACAAUGGCGCACCUGUUGGAAUAUGUUACGGCCGCGUUGCCAACAACCUCCCACCACCAUCCACCGUCGUAUCCAUCCUCAAAUCCAAUGCCAUCUCCAACGUUCGUAUAUUCGACAUUGACUGCAACACAUUACAGUCCUUUGCAGGUACAGGAAUUAGCCUCACAAUCGGCAUACCAAACGAUAUCCUCCCAGCCCUAGCCUCCGGAACCCCCACCACCUCCAUUGAAUGGCUCCAAUCUCAUAUAUUCUUUCACAUUCCCGCCAAUCAAAUCCGCUACAUCGCUGUUGGAAACGAAAUCUUCCUCAAAGAUCCCGUCUACAUUCUUCACCUACUUCCCGCCAUAAAAAAUCUCUACCAAGCUCUGUUAAUUCUGAACUUGGCAAACACAAUCAAAUUAUCAUCACCACAAGCAGCGUCCGUCAUCGUUAGUUCUUAUCCUCCAUCCUCUGCGACGUUUGAUCCUUCAAUUAAACCUACUCUGAUUCCUCUACUACAGUUUCUACGAGAAAGUAGAUCAAAUUUCAUGAUUAAUUUGUAUCCUUACAUCAGCUAUUUAAAAGAGUCAGCGUUCAUAGCAGCUGAUUAUGCCUUGUUUGGCAGCAGAACUGCCGUCCAAGACGGUGCGUUGAUGUACAAUAAUCUAUUCGAUGCGAGUGUCGAUGCGUUUGUGUAUGCGCUGGAGAAAGAGGGGUUUCCAGAAAUCCCGGUUGUAGUAACCGAAACAGGGUGGCCGACGGCUGGUGGUGCGGCGGCGAGUGUGGGUAAUGCAUUGGCGUAUAAUGAGAAUGUGGUGAGACGCGCGGCGGGGAACUUCGGGACUCCGAAGAGGCCGGCGGUCGGAGUGGAGGUUUACUUGUUUGAUAUUUUUGACGAGAACGGGAAGGUUGGGGAGGAAUACGAGAAGCAUUUUGGAAUAUUUGGGCUUGAUGGGCUCAAAAUUUAUGACCUGAAUUUCAAGUAAUGGGCCUUCAUUGUGAUAUUAGUUAUUGGGCUUCA